AUGUCAGAAGAAAAUUCUAUUGCGUCCGCUUCGGCGACGAGCUUGGCCACCGUUACGAGCGAAAAAUACGAGAACACAAGUGAUCAGGAAGUCGCGAGUUUUCAGGAAGUGAAAGAUCGGCGAUGGCGACGAUGGCUUAAAAUUGCUGCGAUUGUCUUCGGAGUCAGCGCGAUCAUCAGUGCAAUUGUCGUGCCUUGCGUUUUGCUCCUCCCGAAAACAACUGCCGCCGUUUUAUCAACAAAUAUAUCCGCGACAACUGAGGCUUCGCCCAUAGCAGAGACUUUUCCAUCAACUGACAUCUUUUCAACGGCGAUCGGGACAGAACAAAAUCCUUCACUUGGAGAAAAAUCGACACUAGUUCAUGAACCAGUUCAGUCAACGACGUUAGCUGCAACUACCGGAAUACCAAUGUUGAAUAUUUUGCCAAAGCAUAAGGGCGAGCAUGUCAGAGAGGCGAAGAAGGAGAAGACUGUGAGAGAAGGUCUCAAGGCUGAAGGACCCCAUUUUACUCUGAACGGCAAAGAGCUAUCCAUCUACUCCGGCGAGAUGCACUACUUCCGUGUCCACCCGGACUACUGGGAUCAGCGGAUGUCCAAUUUUCCAGCAGCGGGACUCAAUACCCUGUCAACCUAUGUUCCGUGGAAUUUUCACGAAACUUUUGAAGGCGACUUCAAAUUCGACGGGUUUCAAAACCUGCGAGAAUACAUCAAAACAGCGGAAAAAUAUGGACUGAAUGUUUUAUUACGAGUCGGGCCGUACAUUUGCGCAGAGUGGGAGUGGGGAGGUCUGCCGGCUUGGUUGCUGACGAAAAAGGGGAUGAAGAUAAGGUCGACGCAGGAUGAUUUUAUGAAGGCAGCGAAAAGGUGGCUGAAAAGAUUGGUAAAGGAAAUAGAAGAUUUGCAGUAUUCACAAGGAGGGCCGAUUAUUGCCAUUCAGGUUGAAAACGAGUAUGGCGUCUACGAGCAGGAUUCUUCCUACCUCCCCUCUCUCAAGAAAACCCUCCUCGAAGCCGGCGUAACCGAACUCCUCUACACAUGCGACGACAGCAACGGCCUCGCCCUCGGAACUCCCCUCAAAGACUCCCUCCUUACAAUCAAUUUACAGGAAGACCCCGUCGACACCAUCUCUUCACUUCGAAUUCAUCAACCCAAUAGACCGGCGAUGGUGGCGGAGUACUGGACUGGCUGGUUCGACUGGUGGGGCGAGAAACAUCACACACUCGGUUUUCCGUGGAAGAAUAAAUUUGGGCUGGAUAAAUUUGUCGGAACGACGAAAGAUUUGAUCGAACAAGAAGCUAGUUUUAAUCUGUUCAUGUUUCAUGGAGGCACGAAUUAUGGCUUCUGGAAUGGUGGGAUAAUUCAAGGCGGAAAAGAUAAUAAUUUUGUGCCGGACGUUACUUCUUAUGAUUACGAUGCUCUCGUUGGAGAGAAUGGAGAGCUGCGGCAGAAGUUCACGAGAAUGCAGCAAGUGAUGAGGAGUACUCUGAAGCUUUCCACUCUUCCAACUCCUUUACCUGUUCCCGAAAAGGCCAAAUACGGAGAUCUCUCACCCACUUCUUGUCUCUCUUUUGCUCAACUGAUUUCCGCUUCUUCAUCCUUUGCAACAACUGCAGAUCAGCCCCUUUCAAUGGAAGAACUAAGGGCGUACUACGGAUACGUCGCGUACGAAACAAACACUUGGGGAGGAGGUCAGCAAGUGAUUGACUUGAAAGAUGGAAUUGUUCGAGAUCGAGCGAUGAUUCUGCUCGAUGGAAAAUAUGUCGGAAAAAUCGAGCAGAAGAUGAAAGAUGCAUCCUUCGCGUCGCCGAGCAGUGAUAAGCAUACUUUCACGAUUCUUGUAGAAAAUCAGGGUCGAAUAAAUUGGGUUCGUCCUGGCGAUCACGGGAUCCUCAACGACCAGCGGAAAGGAAUUCUAGCGCCCAUCGAAGUAAAUGGUCGCCAGCUCAAGAAUUGGAAGAUGACGCAUCUUCCUUUCAAUCAAACUCAUUUUGAUGCUCUGGAGAAAUCAUCAGAUUGGUCGAAAAGCUAUAGAUCUGCUUCAUUGCCCGGAAUAUUCAAAUUUGUCUUCAACAUAAACGGCUCGCCAAAGGACACCUUUCUAGAGCCAGCUGGCUGGAAAAAGGGCACAAUAAUGGUCAAUGGAUUCAACAUCGGAAGAUACACGGAUCUCGGGCCACAAAAGACUUACUUCAUCCCUGCUCCCAUUCUGAGAACCGGUGAAAAUACAAUCAUGAUCUUUGAAGAGAUGAAGAAUGGAGUUGAUAUUACUCUUGGGGAUGUUCAUAAGCUAGGAUAG